AUGGCUGCCCACGGCCGAUCCGCCCCGCGCCGGCGCCGCGCCACCUCUCGCGAUACUUGUCGUCGCCGCCGGCCGCCCGCCCGCUCCCGGCGCCGCAACGUCCGCGUCCGCCCGCCCGCCCCCCCCUCGGCCGCCGCUUCAGCCUCGGCCGCCGCCGCCCGGCUCGCGCGGCCUCGCGCCGCGCCGCCCGCCCCCCCGCGCCCGCCCCGUCGCGGAACCCUCCUGGCCGCGACCCCUUCCGUGCGCGCCGCGCUCACCGCCCCGGCUCCGGAAGCGCUUCAAACGUCAUCGGCGGCGCCGGCCGGCCGUUUCCGCCCUUUCGCCUCGGCUCGCGGCCGCGCUCGCCCCUCCCUCCCUGCCGCGCGGCGGCCUCGCUGCUCGGCCCGUCCGUUGGCUGCCGCCGUUGCUGCGCGAGGCGGCCGUCGGCGGGGCGGUCCCGCUCGCGUCCCCGUCGCCUUUUGCCCUCGGCCGUUUCCCCGCGCGUACUUCAAACGACAGGCGAGCUGCAGCGCGCGGUACGCGCGAGCCGGACGCCGUGCGUUCCGAGGCGGCCUCCUCAGUUCUGCUGUGCGGCGAAGCCCGCGGUGUCACCGACAAAACAGGCAGCGCCGCGGUGCCGCUGUUGCCGUGCGCUUGGGGCCGAAUACCUUCGGCUGUGUCACCGCGCCCUGCUGCCAGGCCCCGGCCCGGCCCCGGCGUGCACGUGGGACGCGAAUUCGAGCGCUCUGCUUCCUUUUUUCCUCUGGGAAACGUGGUAGCUUCCACUGCGUGCUGAGGGUUAAUCCCAGAACUAACGAGGCUUCCGGCCCCCGAAUGCGGGCCGCUGGUCCUUAAAAGAACGGGGAUUUGCUACUCGGUGUUUUUUAAGACUUGCUGGAAAUCAGCAAGGAAAGUGUUUUUUAACCACAGGAGCACGUGAGCGUAUGGACCGACAAUGGCUGAACACAUCCUGUGAGCAUCUCAGCUGGUGUGACUUUGUGAUAAAGAAAGUCUAGACAGAUUCUGACUUGAACAAGUUCAGCGUUAGCAUGGAAGAACUGCUGUGAGUCACAACAGCACUGUUCAUCAAGGGUCUGCACCUCUCUACAUGCAGAAG